CACUCCGCCGCACACGCGCUCCCGGCUCCGCAAAGACGUCGGAAAUGGUCGCCGCCGCCGCCAUGGCCACCGCCGCGUCCGCUGGCGUGCCUCCACUCAGCGGGCCCCGCGGCCCCGCGCGGCUCCGCAGCCGCGGCGUCAUCGUACGCUGCGCCGCGGUGGCGGGCGGCGCCGCCGAGGCGCCGACCUCCACGGGCGCGCGGGUGUCCGCGGACUGCGUCGUGGUGGGCGGCGGCAUCAGCGGCCUCUGCACCGCGCAGGCGCUGGCCACGAAGCACGGCGUCGGCGACGUGCUCGUCACGGAGGCCCGCGCCCGCCCCGGCGGCAACAUCACCACCGUCGAGCGCCCCGAGGAAGGGUACCUCUGGGAGGAGGGGCCCAACAGCUUCCAACCCUCCGAGCCCGUCCUCACCAUGGCCGUGGACAGCGGGCUGAAGGACGACUUGGUGUUUGGGGACCCGAACGCGCCGCGGUUCGUGCUGUGGGAGGGGAAGCUGAGGCCCGUGCCAUCCAAGCCCGCCGACCUCCCGUUCUUCGAUCUCAUGAGCAUCCCUGGCAAGCUCAGGGCUGGCUUUGGGGCCCUCGGUAUCAGACCGCCGCCUCCAGGCCGUGAGGAGUCCGUGGAAGAGUUCGUGCGCCGCAACCUCGGGGCUGAAGUCUUUGAACGCCUCAUUGAGCCUUUCUGCUCAGGUGUCUAUGCUGGUGAUCCUUCGAAGCUCAGUAUGAAAGCUGCAUUUGGGAAGGUGUGGCGCCUGGAAGAGGCUGGAGGUAGUAUCAUUGGUGGAACCAUCAAGACGAUUCAGGAGAGGGGCAAGAAUCCUAAACCACCUAGGGAUCCCCGCCUUCCGAAGCCAAAGGGGCAGACAGUUGCAUCUUUCAGGAAGGGUCUCGCCAUGCUUCCAAAUGCCAUUACAUCCAGCUUGGGUAGUAAAGUCAAGCUUUCCUGGAAACUCACGAGCAUUACAAAGUCAGACGGCAAGGGAUAUGUAUUGGUGUAUGAAACACCUGAAGGGGUUGUUUCAGUGCAGGCUAAAAGUGUUAUCAUGACGAUUCCAUCAUAUGUUGCUAGUGACAUCUUGCGUCCACUUUCAAGUGAUGCUGCAGAUGCCCUUUCAAGAUUCUAUUAUCCACCAGUUGCUGCUGUAACUAUUUCAUAUCCAAAGGAAGCUAUUAGGAAAGAAUGCUUAAUUGAUGGGGAGCUUCAAGGAUUCGGGCAGUUGCAUCCACGUAGUCAAGGAGUUGAGACAUUAGGAACAAUAUACAGCUCAUCACUCUUCCCAAAUCGUGCUCCUGCUGGAAGGGUGUUACUCCUAAACUACAUAGGAGGCGCUACAAACACAGGAAUUGUUUCCAAGAGUGAAAGUGAGCUGGUAGAAGCAGUUGAUCGUGACCUCAGGAAAAUGCUAAUUAACCCUAGAGCAGUGGAUCCUUUAGUCCUCGGUGUCCGAGUGUGGCCACAAGCCAUACCUCAGUUCCUGGUAGGACAUCUUGAUCUUCUGGAGGCUGCAAAAUCUGCCCUGGGCCGAGGUGGCUACGAUGGGCUGUUCCUUGGAGGGAACUAUGUAGCAGGAGUUGCCCUGGGCCGAUGCGUGGAGGGUGCCUAUGAGAGCGCCUCGCAAAUAUCUGACUUCCUGACCAAGUAUGCCUACAAGUGAUGAAAGAAGUGGAGCUGCUAGUUAUUUUGCACAGGUGACAUGAGACCAGGAGCGACACAAAGUUUAUUUACGAGCAUUGUUCCAUCUUAUUUCGUAAAUUGUACUUCUGAUCUUUUUCCUUGCUAGUAAAUUAGUUAGAUUGUAGGGCUGUAGGACAUUGUUCUAGUAGCCAUCCUACUAAACAGAUUUUCUUUCACGUUCGUCUAUGAGAUCUAUGCAGUCUCGUGUAGCGUUUUCCUGUAAACUCUAGUUCCAGCAAAAUUAAAUACUACUUGCAAGAGUAAGCAGAAUGUCAACUGAGAUUGCCUUGGA